GAGAAAAAAAUCUAAUGAUUUCAGUGGAUGUGGAUUCCUUACUACUGUGCAUGAGAAAACCCAUACAGGGAACAAGCCCGGUGAAAAUGAUCAAAAGAGGAAAUCCCACAGACAAAUUGAGGACUUUAUUCAAUGUAAGAAGAAUUCAGCUUUGGAGCAAUGUCUUGAAUAUAAUCAUUGUGAGAAAGCUUUUCACAGAAAAACAGCCUUUGUUGCAUGUAAGAGAGCUCAUACAGGAGAGAAACCCUCUGAAGGUAACAAAUAUGAACAAGCCUUCCUCCAAAAGUUAAAGCUUGGUGCUUGUCCAAGAACUCUUAAGGAAAGGAAACCACACGAAUCCAGUAAAAAUAGGAAAUCCUCAUGCUUGAAGUCAAAACGUGCACAUCAGAGAGCUCACUGUGAAUGUAACAAAUUGGGGAAAUCUUUUAGUGAGAAGUUGAACCUUACUCAACAUCAGAGAAUGCACACAGGAGGAAAACCUGAUGAGUAUAACAGAAGUGAAGAAGCCUUGCAGAGGUUAUCCCACACUCAAAAUGAGCGAACUCAUACAGAAGAGAAAAUCUAUGACUGUAACCAGUGUGGGAAAUCCUUCCACAAAAAGCCACACCUGACUCAACAUCCAAGAACUCACAUAACGGAAAAACCCAGUAAGUGUAAUGAUAGUGAGAGAGCUGUGAAAAAGGAGUCCUACCUUGCUCUAAAGCAGAGAAUUAACACGAGCGAGAAAAGCUUUAAAGCUAGUAAGUGUGAGAAAUCCUCCCACAAGACGUUGAAACUCAGUCAACAUCAGAGAACGUGCUCAAGGGAACCAAAUAAUGAGUGUAGUGAAAGUGGGAGGGUCUUAAGUAAGCAAUCACACCUCACUCAAAGUCAGAGGGCUUACAAAGGGAAGAAAACCUAUGACUGUAAUAAAUGUGGGGACAGCUUCCCUAAGAAAACAGACCUUUCUCAACAUCAGAGUGUGUACACAGGAAAAAAGCCCUAUGAAUGUAGUGAAUGUGGGAAGUCCUUUUUUGUAAAGUCCAACCUCACUGAGCAUCAGAGAACUCACACAGGAGAAAAACCCUACAAAUGUCGUGAAUGUGGAAAAUCCUUCUGCCAGAAGUCGGCCCUCACCGUACAUCAGAGAACUCACACGGGAGAGAAACCCUAUAAAUGUAAUGAAUGUGGGAAAACCUUCUGUGUGAAGUCAAACCUUACUCAACAUCAAAGGACCCACACAGGAGAGAAACCCUAUAAAUGUAAUGAAUGCUGGAAAUCUUUCUGCGUGAAAUCCAACCUCAUUGUACAUCAGAGAACUCAUACAGGAGAGAAACCCUACAGAUGUCCCGAAUGUGGGAAAACCUUCUAUGAAAAGUCAGCCCUCACAAAACAUCAGAGAAUUCACACAGGGGAAAAACCCUAUGAAUGUAAUGAAUGUAGAAAAACCUUCAGCCAGAGGUCAGCCCUCACCAAACAUCAAAGAAAAAAACAUAAGAAGAAAACUCUCACCAAUACUCUCCAUGUGCAGAAGCCAUCCUCUGCAGUUCAUAGCCGUUGAACAUCAGCAAAAUCACAGGACAGAACCGCUUAGAUGUCAACCAGUAGGAAAGUUUUUAUCAAUAGGUUAGAGCUAAUUGGA